CUACUUCUUCAUCCUUUAUCAAACCAGACCAUUUAUGUAUAUUUUGAACUGCAGAGCACUGAUGCCAAUAGGAUUGUACAAAUGUUGGACAUUUGGCCACAUCGAUUGAAGCUUCACUGCUUCACGAAUCUGUAGCAGUCAGUGACCAUGGACAACAACGAAGAGGCUGCAGAAGCCAGUGCAACGAUAGCGUUGGUGUCGCAAGAGUCUGGGCAGACGGACGAUCAAGAUGGGGACAUGCAAAUUCCACCCCCUGUCAGAGUGUUGCUGCAGGCACUAGAUGGAGAUGUUUCUCAGGACACGCAGCCAAUUGAAAGCAUACCCUGUCUCACAAGCGAAGAGUAUGGUGAUAUUUUCAAUCAUGGAAUUCCACCAUCCAUCCUGCGGUCGGAGUUGCGGCUUCAAAUCCUCAAGGCGCUGGGAAACUGCAAGACUUUGAAGAAUUUCAACACAGCUUAUCUGAAUUCCUGCGAGCUAACGAAUCAUGAGUGGCAGGCUGUUGUGCAAGCACUGCAAUCCAGUCUCGUUUUGGAGGAUGUCGUUUACUAUCCAAUUGCUUCUGUGGAAUUGGAAGCUGAGGUAGCUCCUUACUGGAGUGAUGUGUUCAGAAGCACUAAAACCCUCACCAAACUUACGAUUUGUGAAGACUGUCACUCGCAUGAGAGCAAUCUGAGACCAUCGUUCGCCUCUGCGCUAGCAUCAGGUUUGGAAGCCAAUGCCCACCCGCCCAUAGAUGAACUUAAAGUCUACGACUGGCACCAUGUUGGUGUUCCAAACGAGCUCUCCAGAGUUAUUUCUUCUCUUCCCCGCCUGAGCAAAUUAAGUCUGAGUGGCAUCUGCAAGUUGAGCGAAGAGGAAAUUUCACACAUGUCUGAAGCUCUUGGCUCGAGCAAGAAACUUCAGACUCUUCAGGUGCAGGAUGCAGAGGUCGAUUUUGCCCAAGUUUUGGUGGCGGCGUUCGCCAGAUCACGCGCAGACCAUAUUCUGCAUGAGCUUCACUUGACUGGUCGUUUAGAAGGUCUUCUAGAUGCGCUACCAGACUUGUGCUCAGGAAGAAUAAACAUUAUAUCUCUCAGUUACGACCUUUGGGAACACAAUCUCAAGCUCAGCCUCGAUCAACGGCAGCGACUUGGAAUUUCUCUUCAGGGGUCGAAAGUUCUUCGUGAAUUCAGGAUUCGAAUCCUCAUUGGAGACAGACAGGAUUCAAACCUUCUAGAUGCAUUGCCAUCUGCUGAUGAUGGCUUCUAUCAUCCCACUCAUGACAUUCUACCGAAGACAACCUUUCAGAUCUGUUUAAGCUGUACCAUUCCUUCACGGUCAACAUCUUUAGUACUGGAAAACUACUUACAAUCUCCUUACCUAGAAUCCUUAGAAUUUGUAUCCAAUGCUCUGAUUUGCUUUUCAACCGCGAGAUUAUUCGAAAGCAUAAAUCGAAAUGGUGGUAUUAAGAGGUUAAGUUUCAAUGGUUGUUCCAAGUUCAGAUGGGGGUUCCUUUUCCAAUCCUUGAAAGAGAACACAAGCGUUCGAUACUUGGAGUUCAGACACUGUGAGGAGUUCAAUUCUGAAGACUACAUCCGCUUGACAGAGAUCCUCCAGUUCAAUUUCACGCUUGAGAGCAUAAAUGUCGAUGGCACCUCCUGGGCACAUGAUUGGAGGGCCAGGCUGUUGCAAAAGAUCUUGCUGAGAAAUUGGCAGUUAGCAGAAGCACUCUGGUUUCUCCAAGACAAGAAAAUGCCUUUUGAUAGUCGAGCAAAACCGGCGAAGGUCCUUGUGUGCAAAUCUUCAAAAGCAGGUGAUAUCCAGCCGACCGUGAUGAGGAUUGUGAACGCGAUGAACACAAAUCGACGAUUCUCCUGUUGCAUCAAAGCGGAAAAAGCAGGCUCCCCCUCCAGAAGAAGAGGUCGAAACGGCCAACCCUGUACAUCUGCUAUCAACAUACCAAGCAAAAAUAAAGACACGGUUGUGCAGCUGUGGGACAUUUCUGGACCCGCCUGUACUCAUUAUCUCCCGAUAGUCUAUCCAAUGUCUGCUGUUGCGACUGAACUUGAGUUCGUCUAUGUUUUCAGUCCGGUUGACCUCCAGAACGGCACCUGGAGCUUAAAGGACCAAGUGUCUGAGAAUUUCGGAGCGGAACUGAAGAAGAUGAUACAGCUCAUACUGUCCAAGCCAUUUGUACUCGAGAGUCCCAGAAUUCUUGCUGUGUUGACGAACAAGACCCUUCUCGAGGAGCAUGGGUCGAGUUUUGAUCCGAAUGCUGUCCUGAACAUUAUGACAUCGCUGCGUGAGGAAUUUCCACAGUGCAUCCUAGAAGGUCGCAAUCGGGAUGAACCCUUGCUCAUCAAUACCGAGGACGAAGAGGAUGUGAAAUUUGUUCUUGACAGUGCUUUGCAAUUCGUUGAUGACUAUCGGACGGCGACACCACUGACUCUAGAGAGGCCCAAAUGCUGCUCGGUAGUAGCUUCUCGUCUGGCCGAUAUAUCAGCCAAACUUAUGUCACGUCCAAUUUGGUCCUUGUAUAAAUUCCACAAGUUCUGUACUUCCAAAGACGCAGUUCUCAGACGAUGUCACCGCAGACUCUCAGAUUUCGAGAAACAGAAACUGCUGCGAGCUGUGGACUCAUUCCUCGAAGAGAUGGCCGCCAUCACCGUCAUCCCCAGAUCUCCAUUUAUAGAAGCUGCACAGGACCUCGUCGUGAUGGACGAUGUCUGGCUACUGCGAGAUGUUUUGGGAGAACUGGAGAAUGUGGAUCCCCUGUUCCAGCCUGGGCCAGGGAUACCUUACGAGCACAUCAGCGACACUCGAUUUGUCUCCGUUGCAGACAUGCGGGUCUUAGUGGCUAAGCUUCUGAAACUGCCACAGUCCCGAGGUAGGAAGGUGGAAUUCGAAAUGAUCGAACAGAUUUUGCUCCAUUAUAAGCUUUGCUUCAAGGUUAGAGCACACAACUGGCAGGAAUACAAGUACUAUAUUCCAGCGAUUUGCCAGGAAGGGUAUUAGGAUUGACAUUGUUAUAUACGUAGUCCAAGUGACAGUUCGCAGUCUGCUGCAAAUGUGAGUCAUGGAAGACUAUGUGUCCUGAUUGUUCCACCCAAACCAUUUGCAAUCCUGUAGUCAUAAGUAGAAACAAGCUCACGUUUGACAUCCACCGAUGCCAAACAUCCAAUGAUUCUGAGUUGAGGGCAAUUUUGUAUACUCAAGCUCCUUGAGUUUCUGGAUCUCACUAUGGAUAUUCCCUGGAAUGACUCGGCAAGCUACACAAGAGAUGUGCAGUGAUAAAUGAAGAAAUGGAUGUCGAAGUCCUUACGACAGACUGAAGCACAUCCUCCCAGGUGCCCAGCUUACUUCCAAGACUAUGAACCGAGUCGCCGUAUAAUGUGCGACUAGCUUUCAAAACGCAAGUGAAAUGCGUUGAGCGACAUGAAAUAUCCACAUUUUUCUAUUGAUUUUGAUUCCCAUUUGAAGAGACACUCCUCCUGUUACCACUGUGAAGUUUCCUCGGAAUAAUUUCUUUACGCUAGUACAUAUGACUACUCGGAUUAGAAAU